AAAAUGUCCAAAAGAAGAUUUCCUUCGAAAGUGCCUUGAUCAAUAUAUUAAAGGAUCUGUCAGUUUCCGAGAUGACUUUUCUGCUUAUAAUGCUGAUCUUGAUGUAGAAUAUAAUAAACUAUUUAUUCAUUUUCCAGUAGCAUUUGUUCAUCCUGUAGAUAUAUUAGAUAUUCAAAAUACUAUUAAAUGUGGAACAAAAUUAAAUUUUCCAAUUGUUGCCAGAUCAGGUGGUCAUUCUACUGAAGACUACAGUAUUGGAGAUAAAGAUUGUUAUUUAGUUAUUGAUCUUGUAAAUUUGAAUAAAAUUACCAUUGAUCCAACUUCACAAACUGCUAUAGUCGAAACAGGAAAUACGCUAAAUCCAUUUUAUUACAUAAUAAACCGACAUGGAUUUGCAUUUCCAGCUGGAAUUUGUCCUUUUAUUGGAGUUAGUGGGCAUAUAUUGGGUGGUGGUAUAGGUCAACUUAGUCGAAAAUUUGGAUAUUCAUCAGAUAAUAUUCUUGAUGCACAAAUUGUUUUAGCAAAUGGGACAGUAGUUAGCAAUGCAAAAGAAUAUCCGGAACUUUUCUGGUUAUUCGAGAAGCAGGAAAUGCAGGCUAUGGAUAUAUCCUAUCCCGAAGAUUAUUCCAUGAAUAUCUCAAUAACAAAUCAAUUGGGGAAUGAUUUUCAUCAUAAUUUAACUUUCUCAAUAUCACCUAAACUUCAACCCAAUAUUUAUGGGAUUUAUUUAGGAUCUGCAGAUGAAUUACAACCUCAUAUACAAGAAUUUAUUAAAUUGUCUAAACCUAAAAAUGUGUCUUAUAUCGAAAAUGACUUGUACAAGUUAAUUAUUUAUGAUUCAGCAUCAUUAGGAGAGAAUAGAUAUCUGAAAAUAAAAUCGCUCUACAUUGAUUCACCUGGAUUAUCUGAUGGGGGAGUUAAAUAUCUAAUGAAGUUUUUAGAAAGUUUAAAGUAUGACUUAAUCAUUGAGAUAUUACUAAUUGGUGGAAGAAUUGAUGAAAUUAAGAGAGAUGAAACUGCAUUCGUCCACAGGGGCUUUAUGUAUCAUAUAGGAAUUGGCGUAGAUUUGCAUUCCAAAAUGUGUUUACGAGAU